GCUUGGGCGAUGCAGACCAAGGGCUGCGUCUCCUGGCGGCGGAACCUGUGAGUGAGCGGCUCCCCUGGAACCCCUUCUGGACUGGGCUCCCUGAUAGGCUCCCUUGGAGAGAGAACAUGGUCCCCGAGAGGAACGAAUUCCCUUGGAGUCCAGCAGGCAAAGACAAAGAAUCCUUUGAAGCUCUGUACAAGCGAGGGAACUUACUGGGCAAAGGCGGCUUUGGGACAGUCUAUGCUGGGCACAGAAUCGCUGAUGGACUGCAGGUUGCAAUCAAACAUGUUGCCAAGGACAAGGUUACAGAGUGGGCAAAGCUGCCUAAUGGGACAGUGGCACCUCUGGAGGUGGCGUUGAUGAAGCUUGUGUGCUCAGGAGCCGGACACCGUAGUGUGAUUCGGCUCUUGGACUGGUAUGAAGCUCCUGAAGGCUUCUUCUUGGUUCUAGAGAGGCCUGACCAUUGCCAGGACCUCUUUGACUAUGUGACUGAACAGGGGCCCCUCCCUGAGAAGCUUUCCCGACAGUUUUUCCGCCAGGUGGUAGAAGCGGUCUGCCACUGCCAUGCACAAGGGGUGGUCCAUCGGGACAUCAAGGAUGAGAACAUCCUAGUGGAUUUGCGCACAGGCAACAUCAAGCUGAUUGACUUCGGUUCUGGCGCCUUCUUGAGGGAUUCUGUCUACACAGACUUUGAUGGAACACGUGUCUACAGUCCUCCAGAAUGGGUGGAAUCCCAGCAGUACCAUGCUCUCCCAGCAACAGUCUGGUCACUGGGCAUCCUGCUGUAUGACAUGGUGUGUGGUGAUAUCCCCUUUGAACAGGAUGAGGAGAUUGUGGCUGCCAGCGUGGAGUUUCGCACGCCAGUCUCUGCUGGAUGCCAAGAUCUUAUUCGGUGGUGCUUGGCUCUGGAGCCUUCUGCAAGGCCAACUUUGGAAGAGAUACUCGUGCACUCAUGGCUAAAGCUUGACCCCAUUCUUCAGACUGAAGAACUGAAGACUCCUACAUCCCUCAGGACCACAAUUUGCAACAGAAACAAUGGAGAGACUUAAUUCUUGUUGGCUUGCAUCCUCUCCCUCUGAGAUGGGUUGGUGCUAAUGGUACUGUCGCUAACUGGACUUCAGGCAGCUCAACUUGGUCACUGGCUGAGAAAAAAGUUAACCUGGUUCUACAGGUUUUUAAAAACAAACUUAAUCAAUUGAUGAAGGAAUUAGAGCUGUGGAAAGGAACUGUAGAAUCCCAGCUCAGAAAUCUUCCUCUCAACUGCCCAAAUGAUGUUUGAAUUCUGGCCUGCCCAGAGAGCAGACAUCUCCAUAAAUGUAAAUACUUGUGUAUUGUUUGCCAAGAUUCCCCCAACAUGUGGGGGAAAAGGACUUAGGGUAUGGUUUUCUACUGCCAUCCUAACAAUUAUUUUCAAGCUUUCUGGGACUUUACCAGUAGGCAGAUUCAUGUGUGUAUGUUUCGGGUGCGUGUGUCCUUUUAUUUUUUUAAAAGUGUCUGUGCAGACAAGUUCUGCCCAGUGGCAAAAUCUAUUUAAUUAAAAAAAAAACACUUUGUGAAACUAA